UCCUAAAUCGCAUGCAAGCAAAGAAAGGAAUUGGAAAGAGAUUGCCCUCAUCGCCUUCUCUUCCCACCUCCCCCUCUCCUUGUCUCUUUUUUAAGUCUCUCCCCCAUCCUUCUUCUUCCCCCCUCUCUCUCUCUCUCUCUCUCCCCUUCUGAUGGCUGUCUCCAUCUUGCUCAGGUCAAGGAUAGUUUCGAUGUUCCUUCUGUAUAACCUUUUAUCCUCAGAGUUUGGCUUCCUUCGACUUGGUUCUUCGCUAGGCAUCAACUACGGGCAGGUAGCCAACAAUCUACCAUCGCCGGAACAAGUGCGCCUCCUCUUGACCUCCCUCAGGAUCACCAAGACGAGGAUUUACGACACCAACCCUCGAGUCCUCACAGCAUUCGCCAACACCGGCAUCGACCUCAUCGUGACGGUGCCGAACGAGGCCGUGGGCGUGAUGAUGGACCCUCGACAAGCUCUGCAAUGGGUCAUGACCAACGUACAACCCUACUUUCCGGCCACGAAGAUUACCGGCAUCUCCGUCGGCAACGAAGUGUACACGAGCGACGACCCGACCUUGAUGUCGAACCUCGUCCCGGCGCUGCUCAGCAUCCACUCCGCCCUCGUCCAACUCGGCCUCGACUCGUACAUUCACGUGUCGACGGCGAAUUCGCUGGCGGUGCUGGAGAACUCGUACCCGCCGUCGAUGGGGUCAUUCAAGCCGGAGAUGGCGAACCUGUUGGUGCCGUUCCUUCAGUUCCUGGCCGCGACGAAAUCGCCCUUCUGGAUCAAUGCGUACCCCUACUUCGCCUACAAGGAUAGCCCUGCGAAGGUCUCGCUAGACUACGUUCUGUUCAACCCGAACGCAGGGAUGGUGGAUCCUUACACCAAGCUUCGCUACGACAACAUGCUGUACGCUCAAGUGGACGCCGUCAUCUUCGCCAUUGCCCGGUUGGGCUACGGCGCCGUGGACGUCAGGGUGUCGGAGACCGGAUGGCCAUCGAAAGGCGACCCCAACGAGGUCGGCGCCACCGUGGAGAACGCCAGGGCUUACAACAGGAACCUGCUCCUGAGGCAGAUCAGGAGCGAGGGGACUCCGGUGAGGCCAAACCAGAGAUUGGAGGUCUACUUGUUUGCCCUGUUCAACGAGGACAUGAAGCCCGGGCCGACCUCGGAGCGGAACUACGGACUGUAUCAACCCGACGGGACCAUGGUCUAUAACGUCGGCCUGGCCGCAUUGACAUCUUCUGCAUCCGUUUCUCUCACAUCUUCCGCGACAAGGGAAAAUGGAGAGACCAUGAACCGCAUUCAUGUCAUGGGACUUCCUCUUUGCCCAAACACCACCAAGAAGAAGAAGCAGCAGCGGCAGUACACCAGUGGAGGAACAAAAGCAAUCGAAAGCUUUGCGACGUGGAACGCACUCCGGUGGCUGUAUAAUAUGAUGUUCCCAUUCUCACUUUGUUUCUUUGAUUCGUUAUUAAAGUGUAAUCAUAAGCUAAAUAAAGAAAGAGUGCCAUUAUUUGGAGGAGAGCUAAUUGCUUUCUGCUGCCUAGCUUUUACGAUUCCCUGAGCAGAAGACAUGGCAGGGAGUGUUUCCAUGCCAUGUGAGCUCGGAUCUCUGUUUGCUCCCCUCACUCUCGUGGAGCCAUUUACCCAAGCCGCAAAUAUAUUACUCCCGUAUGCGCACGAAGAAGAAGAAGAAGAAGAAGAAGAAGAAGAAGAAGUGCCGUGGCCUGAUGACCAGCCCACGCACUCGAUAAAG